UUAUAUUAAUGGAUGUUGGACUAAUUUGUUACCUAUCUAACAUUAAGAAAUCAUAUGAUUGGACGGGAAGGUUCUUAAGACCCAAAACAUGGACCGUGAACUCGAGGUUAAAACGCAGUUGUACUCCUCAAUUAUUAAUUCACUUUAUCCAUUGACAUCUGCCCACCAAGUAUCAUUCACUCAAAUUGAUUGUCCAACCUACCAAGGCAUAUUUCACGUGUUGCUCAGAAUAGAUUCUUGAUAUACAAAACGAAAGGCGCAAAAUAGCUGGAGGCCGGCAGAGUUGACGUUAAGUCAAUUUACACAUCAGCAUUUUGCCUCAUCGACUCAGAUCACCCCAGCUGCCAUCUCCUCGUCCUGUUGUGCUUGAGAGUAGAUGCGUUUGUAUAUGUAUAUGCGUGUGUAGCAUAUACAUAUACAUACACACACACACGCACACAGUAUUUGAACUGACUAGAUUUUUGGAGGGAGAAGAGAAAGAGAGGUGGCGAGGGAGGGAGAUGGGUAAAUAUAUGGCGAGGAAACCGUACAAAGCGGCAAAAGAGGGAAAGGUCGAGUUUCUGUCCGAGAAGGGUGGAGGUGGUGGUGAUGGAUAUUUCCUGAGUGAGACGCCCAUGGGAAACAACAUCCUUCACAUUGCAACGGAGAUGCGCCGAGAAUCCUUUGUUAAGAAAGCAGUCGAGCUAUGUCCGAAGCUUCUCUCACGGCAGAACUCAGAAGGCGAUACUCCUCUCCACCUCGCAGCCCGCUCUGAGAGCUUGAAGAUCGUCCAGCUUCUGGUGGAAUCCUACAAAAACACGGCCAGCGCCAGCGCUACUGACAUGGAGCAGGGCGUGGCUGCAGAGCAAGCGGCCUCCCCCGCGCCUUGGACAGUCACAAAUGCAGAGGGUUACACGGCUCUCCACGAAGCUCUGAGGAAUGAUCAUCAGGAAAUGGCUCUAUAUUUGUUGGAGCAAGACUCCAGUUUGGCCUCCGUCGUAACCAAUGCCCGCGAGAGCCCCCUUUAUCUUGCUGCCGAAAAAAGGCACCUGAAUUUUAUGAAAAAUAUCUUGUCAUCAGAAGCUCCAUAUAGCACAGACGGCCCCUGGAAUCAGAAUCCCCUACAUGCCAUGGCGCUUAGUACUUUUUUCCUAGGUGACAUAAGUUGUGCACAACAACUGCUAGACAAACAGCCUGAUCUCUUAACCCAAGAAGAUGAGUUUAGAAGGACAGCCCUACACUAUGCUGCGACUGAUCAAUCAUCAUCAGAAUUUACAGAAUGGUUGCUAGAGAGAGAUGCAGGUCUUGCAUACAAAGGUGACGCGAAGGGCCUUACGCCUUUACAUUUAGCUGCAGGAAUUAGUGCAAUGGAAAACAUAAGAGCCAUACUUGAUUUCUGCCCAGACUCCAUGGAAUUGCUUGACGGGGAUGGCCGCCACCCGCUUCACCUUGCCGCUGCAUCUGGCAAUCUUGACUCUGUCCGAGAGUUACUGAAAUUUCCAGAGAUGAGAAAGCUUCUAAACAGAACCGAUGAGAAUGGAAGCACUCCCCUUCAUCUUGCAAUCCAGAAUAAGCAUUUUCCUGUGAUCAAGGAACUCCUAGAAACCAAGUGGGUCGAUGCCUCGGCUGAAAGUAAGAAGGGUAUCUCAUUUUCCAGUCUUUGCGAAUCUGAUCCGGAGUUCCGAAUUUACGUUGAUAAGAAUUCCUUGCUGUUUAAGUCAUUCUUACAUCAAAAGGCACCUCAACAACGACAGAAACCCAUUGCGUGGGAAAAUUUAUGUGGAGAGAAAACUACUGAAUCCCAUAAAUCAAAAUCAGAAGAAAUAUUCAUGGGGUACUUGAAACAAAGGGCCAAUAGUUUGUCAGUGGUUGCUGCACUCCUCACAACCAUAGCCUUUGCAGCUGCAUUCACAAUACCUGGCGGCUUCAACAAUAAUCCUCCCCAUGCGGGCCACGCGGUCCUAGGAAAGUAAGCGGUGCUGCAUAUAUUUGUGUGUGCGGAUACCUUGGCGGUGUGCUUUGCCAUAGUUGUGGUAUUUCUCCUUAUAUGGGAACAAGAAGACGACAUCAUGGUUUUGGAUAGGCGAAUUCGUUGUAGCAUCGUACUGUUGCUUGCCGCACUUUGUGGAACAUUGGUGGCUUUCAUGAGCGGGUUGUAUGCGGUGAUUUCUACAGAAGCUUUGGGGCUCGCCAUUCUUAUUUGCACCAUCGGAUCUGGUUCUCUCCUGUUCUGCUUUAUGCUCAUUUGGUUUGGUUUUGAGAAACUAUCUAAACCUUUUCUCUAUAUUAAAGCCUUUGUUAGAGUAGCAUACUACUUGAUAUGCCAGUAAUUUUUCAUUCGGGAGUCUCAGAUGAUUCGUGGGACAGGAAAUAAUACAGUUCUCCAUUAUUAUUAUUAA